AUGCGACAACAAGUGUCGACCUUACUCCUCCAACACAAACGCCAGAUGACGAUUUCUAAAGCAGAAGAUCGAGAACUUCUGAAGAUACGAAAAAUAAAGGAUAUCGUCACCCUGCCCGCCGACAAGGGGCGCUCGACUGUCGUCAUGGAUAAGGCUGAGUACUGCACAAAUCUAGGCAACCUCUUGAUGGACAAGGAAGCUUAUGUGCCAUCGACCGUCAGCGAGUUUAAAAAGCUCGUAAACAGCAUAAACAAUACGAUCGGCAAGCUGAGGAAGGCGGGAGCUCUUACGAGAAGGGAGGCGUUGGCCGCAAAAGCCAGUGAUACCGCGAUGGCGCGCUUCUACGGCCUACCAAAGGUCCACAAGCAGGGGGUACCGCUACGCCCCAUCGUCUCUAUACGUGGAACUCCAACCUUUGGGCUGUCAAAGUGGCUGUACCAGCGACUUUGUUUCCUUACCAAGGAUUCGCAGUGGACAGUGAAGUCAGCUGAAGAGUUCUUGACGCGCAUCAAACACCUCGAAGUGGAGGCAGAUGAGGUGAGGGUGUCAUUUGACGUGAUCUCAUUAUUCACCUCCAUCCCACCCGCGCUGGCUAUCGACACUAUUGAUGGCUUUCUCCGGGAAAAGUAUGAUGAAACCGACCAACAGCUCAAACGAGCACACAUUAUCGAGCUCCUAGAACUGUGUCUUAAGACCUUCUUUACAUUCAACGGCCAAGUCUUCGAGCAAAAGAAGGGGACACCGAUGGGCUCGCCUCUGUCUGGACUAAUUGCCGAAGCAGUUUUGCAGAGACUCGAGCAGCAGGUCUUCAGCUCGUACCCCCCGAAGUUCUGGGCCAGAUACGUCGACGACACGUUCGUUGUAAUCAAGAGGAGCGAGGUGAAGGCUUUCAAGGCAUUGUUGAACUCCAUCUUUCCCGAUAUUCAGUUUACUAUGGAAGAGGAAGUCAACAAUCAGUUGCCCUUCCUGGACGUACAAGUUACGAGAUUGACAGACGGGAAGAUAAGGACAACGGUUUACCGUAAGGCAACAAAUACCAGGCGCAUCCUCCACUUCCGAAGCAACCACCCUGUUGGUCAUAAACGCAGUUGUGUCAGAACUCUCUUUCAACGUGUUCAAACACACUGUAGCGACGACAGUGGGAGGAAGGAGGAGAUGAAUUACUUACACGCCCUUUUCAAAGCCAACGGCUACCCGAAGUCCUUCGUACGCAGUUGCCUCAAAAAGCCUCAUUUUGAGCGGUCGAGUGGAGAAAAGCCCAAGUUCUGGCUCUCAAUACCCUAUGUGAAGAACGUAUCAGAGGCAACGGCAAGAAUCCUGAAACCUUUUGGGAUUGGCGUGGCUCAUAAACCAGAAUGCACCAUCAGACAGCAAAUCAUGAAGCCCAAAGACCCGCUUCCAACAACAGAACAGUCGGCGGUGGUAUACAGCAUACCAUGCCAAAAUUGCAAUGCAAGGUAUGUUGGUGAAACGGGCAAACGCCUCGGUACAAGAUUGCACGAACACCAACUUGCAAUCAAUCGCAAGGACAAGCUGUCUUUGGUCUAUGGCCACAUAAGAGAACUGAACCACGAUUUUGCCUUUGAGAAAGCGAGGGUAAUUGGUCGAGCCAAUGAGAAGAUGGCCAGACUGGUGCUCGAAAGUUGGUCCUCGACUGGUACACUCAACCGAGCUAUAGAUCUCCAUCCCGCCUACCAAGCACUCCGUAGAAGGCUCGGAUCAGUCCGGACAGGACCAGUAAGGCAAGCGAGCACGUGGGACCGAGAGUCAACGCUCACGGAAGAGAGCAGAAUUGGGGGCCAGAGGUCAUGGGACCAAAGCCGAACACUGUCUCACCGAUGCGCCCGCGAAGCUGAAUGCUGCUCACCUGAACAGCAACGACCGAUCAGUCCACCGGCUGACGUGGGAGAGGCUAAGCGGCACAUUGAUUUGACCACAAUUACGCCGACCCCAAAGGUCACGCAGGCCUGUCAGCGGUCAGCCCCUGGGAGGUCUAAGCCAGUCAGCGGCAAACAGGCAGGUCAAAGUUCGUGCGUCCAGCACGGCUAUAAUACGAGGCAAGCGGCAAGACUGAACAACUCAAGACCGGCAAGUGCAACAAUUACGCUACUCUGAUGAUGGAAACGAGGAAGUUUCCGAAACGUCAGUUCGAAUACAAUAUGGUCCAUGAAUUCGCCCUCUCUACUUCUUCGUCUUUUUCGGGAGAUGAUGAACGCGAUACAAUGUCUGGACCUCGAAUCUUUACGCAUAUCGAUAUAUAUGUAUAUCUAUAUAUAUAUAUGCAUGUCAAGUGGGCGUUUAACCCUCACUGUUGUGAUUAGGAUCUCACUCGAUCCCAUUCUGUCCGCCCGCCAGCUUGCUACUGGCGACAACGAACUCGAACAGAAUGGGAUCGAGUGAGAUCCUAACCACAACAGUGAGGGUCAAACGCCCACUUGACAUGCUUAUAUACCUCACUUCCUAAGGCUUGUGACGUACUGAUGAUCGGUAACGACCGUGAAACAGCUGUCUGCGUCUGGUCUGUUGCACUCUUAGCGAGCUGCUCAUGUAUUAUAUGUGGUAUGUGUCCUCUGACACAGCGUCCGUUGUCGCCAGUAACAAGCUGGCGGGCGGAUAGAAUGGGAUGGAUUGAGAUCCUAACCACAACAGUGAGGGUCAAACGCCCACUUGACAUGCUUAUAUACCUCACUUCCUAAGGCCUAUGACGUACUGAUGAUCGGUAACGACCGUGAAACAGCUGUCUGCGUCUGGUCUGUUGCACUCUUUGCGAGCUGCUCAUGUAUUAUAUGUGGUAUGUGUCCUCUGACACAGCGUCCGUUGUCGCCAGUAGCAAGCUGGCGGGCGGACAGAAUGGGAUGGAUUGAGAUCCUAACCACAACAGUGAGGGUCAAACGCCCACUUGACAUGCUUAUAUACCUCACUUCCUAAGGCCUAUGACGUACUGAUGAUCGGUAACGGCCGUGAAACAGCUGUCUGCGUAUGGUCUGUCGCACUCUUAGCGAGCUGCUCAUGUUUUAUAUAUAUAUAUAUAUUGAAUUGAAAAACAGGCAUCCCAAGAAAUAUAAUUAGAAAGAUGAAGUUCUUUGGGAACCAGCAAAAUUUUAUUGUGAAUUUUCGAGACUGGUUCCCCAGCUCGUCUUCAGACAAUGGGUGUGCAAAAACAAUUAAAUUUAGCCUGAGUCUAGCAAAAGGAGUCAAUGAUAGGUUAAGAUCGUCAUCUCGGGAUUGGCUGACUCAGUUUGAAUCUGUCCUUAACGAUUUUGUAUGCGGCAUCUAAAUCGAUAUGCUGGUUGAUGCAUGCCUCAUCUGAGUGCAUUGCUUCCAGGAAUUCGCGGCCUUUUCUUGAUUGGCAGGCGCCAACAAUGCUGUUUCCCAAAGAACUUCAUCUUUCUAAAUAUAUAUAUAUAUAUAUAUAUAUGAGAAGAAGAGACGAUCUCGGGAACCAUAAUUGUAUUGUCCUGACGUUUCAAAAUCAAACAAGAUUUCAUCGUCGGAGGUGAGUUUUGUACCACGCCUCACAGUAUUUAUAGGUGGUGAUGGUCUCCUUUCAACGGGUUUACCUCUCGUCGGGGGCCGGCGUUCGGGCGCUAGCCGUCAUCGCACGUGUUCGCAUGGAUCUUAGUUCUCGUCCUAGGCUGGCAAUCUUCUUUACGACCUCGUGACGGCCUGUGUUCUCACCUGCCGGAUGAGUGGCAGUGACACUGGCACCUUCUUCAGGUCCGUUUCUGUUACUGCGACCGUCCGUUCUCUCACCUGCCGGACAAGUGGGUGUCGCGACUGUUGUGACGAUCGCACCUUCGCCAGAUCCAAGUUGAAGUGCAGCUGCGUUCGUGUCGCCCGUGGAUCUUACUUCUCGACCUCGGCUGGCAAUCUUUACGGCCCCGCGACAGCCUACGUUCUCACCUGCCGGAUGAGUGGCAGUGAAGCUGGCCCCUUCGUCGAGUCCGCUUAUGUUACUGCGAACGUCCGUUUUCUCACCGGCUGGACAAGUGGGUGUCGCGACUGUUGUGACGAUCGCACCUUCGCCAGACAGACAGGCGUACCUCCCAUGUGGUGAGGAAUCGAUAAAGACGUUAGUGACGCAACUGGAGAAGACGCUCACCGACAUGUAAUCAAACAAAGCAAUAAGCAAAUCGGUGCGGCUGACCAUUAAGCCGACAGAUGCGGCUCCAGCACGUUUCUAUGGCCUACCGAAGGUACACAAACCCGGUCUCCCUCUCCGGCCAAUCGUUUCAUUGCGCGGUACACCUACAUAUAAUCUGGCAAAAUGGCUAUUCCGCAAACUGAGGUCUCUCACCUCGAACGCAGCCACGACCGUCUGUUCAGCGGCUCAAUUCCUAGAACGGCUCAAAGGCAUCCGACUCAGCGAAGACGAGGUCAUGGUGUCAUUCGAUGUCACCGCUCUCUUCACUUCGAUCCCGCAAUGCCUAGCAGUCCAAACGGUUAGCGAACUGCUCGAAUGCAAGUACGACGAGACGGAAGAAAGUGUGAAACGGACUCAUUUCAUUCAACUGCUGAAAUUCUGCCUGAAGACGUUCUUCACCUUCGACGGGAGGGUGUACGAACAGACCAAGGGGACGCCGAUGGGAUCGCCGCUUUCAGGCUUCAUCGCAGAAGCAGUUCUCCAGAAGGUAGAGACCGGAGUCUUCGAGACCUACAGGCCAAAAUUUUGGGCUCGAUAUGUUGAUGAUACCUUUGUCAUCAUCAAGCGGGAAAUGGUUCAAACCUUUCACAAUGUCCUCAAUUCGAUUUCGCCUGAUAUUCAAUUCACAAUGGAGGCCGAAAGCAACAACGAACUACCGUUCCUAGACGUACUGGUUCACCGGAACCCAAAUGGACACCUGAAAACAACGGUGUAUAGGAAGGCCGCCAAUACGCGCCAAAUCCUUAGCUACCACAGCAAGCACCCGUUGUCCCACAAACGCAGCUGUGUACGCACACUAUACAAAAGGGCAGACACACACUGCAGCGAGCCGGACGACAAAAGGUCGGAACUACGCCACCUUCAGCGCCUCUUCAUGGCGAACGGGUAUCCUCGAAAUUUUAUAGAACGCAACAGGCAGCCUGUGCCAAGCCGAAGCCCAGUGACAGAAAGACCAAAAGUCUGGCGAGCCCUUCCUUACAUUGACGGCGUCUCUGAGGCGGUCUCCCGUCUCCUAAGGCCACUGGGAAUCGGCAUUGUCCAUCGGCCAGAGUCAACAAUCCGGCAUCUGGUAAUGAGACCCAAGUCCCCGCUGCCACCCGGUGAAACAACAAACGUGAUUUAUCGGAUCCAAUGCAGCUCCUGCGAGAUGAACUAUAUUGGGGAGACCGGUAAACGACUCCAGACCCAUGUUAAAGAACACAUGAGGGCCGUAAGGAGGAUGGACCAGUUAUCCCUGGUGGCAGAACACUGCGCAAACUCUGGACACACAUUCGCUUUCCAGAGUGCCGAAAUCCUGGGCCGAGGAAAUGAUCGCGUAACCAGGGAAACAAUUGAGGCCUGGCACACCAGCACGAACUCCAUCAACCGCUGUGUAGCGCUUCCCGAAGCCUACCAGGCCCUCCGGACGCAGCUCAGAGAACAGGCGAACAAACGCUGGUUACGAGAAUAA